CGGGCCCGGCCCGGCCCGGCGCCAUGGACCUUCGACUGCUGCUGUGCUGGGCGGCGCUGGCCACCGCGCUAGAAGAGACGCUCCUGAACACCAAGCUGGAGACGGCGGACCUGAAAUGGGUGUCUCACCCCCAGGUGGAUGGGCAGUGGGAGGAACUGAGCGGGCUGGACGAGGAGCAGAACACCGUGCGGACGUACGAGGUGUGCGACGUGCAGAGGCCGGCGGGUCGUCCCCACUGGCUCCGUACGGGCUGGGUGCCCCGGCGGGGGGCAUCCACCGUCUAUGCCACCCUGCGCUUCACCAUGCUCGAGUGCCUGUCCCUGGCCCGCGCCGGCCGGGCCUGCAAGGAGACCUUCACCGUCUUCUAUUAUGAGAGCGACGCCGACACCGCCACUGCCCUCAGUCCCUCCUGGAUGGAGAACCCCUAUGUCAAGGUGGACACGGUGGCGGCGGAACACCUGACGCGGAAACGCCCCGGGGCGGAGGCGACGGGGAAGGUGAACGUGAAGACGCUGAGGCUGGGCCCCCUGUCCAAGGCCGGCUUCUACCUGGCCUUCCAGGACCAAGGGGCCUGCAUGGCUCUCCUCUCCCUCCACCUCUUCUACAAGAAGUGCCCGGAGCUGACCGUCAACCUCACCCGCUUCCCCGAGACUGUGCCCCGGGAGUUGGUGGUGCCCGUGGCUGGGAGCUGCGUGGCGGGCACCGCCCCGGCCCUUGGGCCCGGCCCCAGCCUCUACUGCCGGGAGGAUGGGCAGUGGGCCGAACAGCCGGUCACCGGCUGCGUCUGUGCCCCCGGUUACGAGGCCGCUGAGGAGCACACCCGCUGCCGAGCCUGUGCUCCCGGUUUCUUCAAACCGCUGGCGGGAGAGGGGUCGUGUCAGCCGUGCCCCCAGAACAGUGCCCCCAACCCACCCGGCUCCGUCCUCUGUCCGUGUCGCGUCGGCUACUUCCGGGCCCCGACGGAUUCUCCCGGCUCCCCCUGCACCACACCCCCGUCGGCCCCCCGGAGCGUGGUGGCCCGCCUCAACGGGUCGUCCUUGCGGCUGGAGUGGAGCGCCCCGUUGGAGACCGGGGGCCGCGAGGACCUGACCUACGGCCUGCGCUGCCGGGAGUGCCGCCCGGGGGGCUCGUGUACCCCCUGCGGCGGGGGCAUCGCCUUCGACCCCGGCCCCCGCGGCCUGGCCGAGCCCUGGGUCGGGGUGCAGGGCCUGCGCCCCGACGUCACCUACGCCUUCGAGGUCACCGCCUCCAACGGGGUGUCCCCCCAAGCCCCCGGGCCACCCCCGGCCGAGGCCGUCAACGUCACCACCGACCGCGAAGUGCCUCCUGCUGUGUCCGACGUCACGGUGACAGGGAGGUCCCCGAGCAGUUUGAGGCUGAGCUGGGGUGUCCCCCACGCACCAAGCGGGGCCGUGCUCGACUACGAGGUCAAGUACUAUGAGAAGGGUGCGGAGGGCCCCAGCGGAGUCCGCUUCCUGAAGACGUCGGAGAAUCGAGUGGAGUUGAAGGGGCUGAAGCGGGGGGCCACAUACCUGGUCCAGGUUCGGGCCCGCUCCGAGGCCGGCUACGGACCCUUCGGCCGCGAGCAUCACUCCCAGACCCAGCUGGACGAGAACGAGAGCUGGAGGGAGCAGCUGGCGCUGAUUGCGGGCACAGCGGUCGUGGGAGUGGUCCUGGUCCUCGUGGUUGUUGUGGUGGCCGUCCUCUGCCUCAGGAAGCAGAGCAGCAGCCGGGACCCCGAGUACUCGGACAAACCCGGGCAGUACCUCAUCGGGCACGGCACUAAGGUUUACAUCGACCCCUUCACCUACGAAGACCCCAAUGAGGCGGUGAGGGAAUUUGCCAAGGAGAUUGACGUCUCGUACGUCAAGAUCGAGGAGGUGAUCGGAGCAGGGGAGUUCGGGGAGGUGUGCCGGGGCCGGCUGAAGGCGCCGGGGAAGAAGGAGAGCUACGUGGCCAUCAAGACCCUCAAGGGAGGCUACACGGAGCGUCAGAGGCGCGAGUUCCUCAGCGAGGCCUCCAUCAUGGGCCAGUUCGAGCACCCCAACAUCAUCCGGCUGGAGGGGGUCGUGACCAACAGCGUCCCGGUUAUGAUCCUCACCGAGUUCAUGGAGAACGGGGCCCUCGAUUCCUUCCUGCGGCUGAAUGAUGGCCAGUUCACGCCCAUCCAGCUGGUGGGCGUGCUGAGGGGCAUCGCCUCGGGCAUGCGCUACCUGGCCGAGAUGAGCUACGUCCACCGCGACCUGGCCGCCCGGAACAUCCUGGUCAACAGCAACUUGGUGUGCAAGGUGUCCGACUUUGGUCUUUCCCGCUUUCUGGAGGAGAACUCGUCCGACCCCACCUACACUAGCUCCCUGGGCGGGAAAAUCCCCAUCCGCUGGACGGCCCCCGAGGCCAUCGCCUUCCGCAAGUUCACGUCGGCCAGCGACGCCUGGAGCUACGGAAUCGUCAUGUGGGAGGUCAUGUCAUUCGGAGAGCGGCCCUACUGGGACAUGAGCAACCAGGAUGUGAUCAACGCCAUCGAGCAGGACUAUCGACUGCCCCCGCCCCCGGAAUGUCCGACGGCUCUGCACCAACUCAUGUUGGACUGCUGGCAGAAGGACCGGAACGCCCGGCCUCGGUUUCCGCAAGUGGUCAGCGCCCUGGACAAGCUCAUCCGGAACCCGGCCAGCCUCAAGAUUGUGGCUCGAGACAAUGGCGGGGCCUCCCACCCGCUCCUGGACCAGCGGUUCCCCCACUUCUCGGCCUUCGGCUCGGUGGGAGAAUGGCUGCGGGCCAUCAAGAUGGGCAGAUACGAGGACAGCUUCACGGCGGCCGGCUUCAACUCCUUCGAGCUGGUCAGCCAGAUCUCGGCCGAGGACCUGCUCCGGAUCGGGGUGACCCUGGCUGGACACCAGAAGAAGAUUCUGACGAGCGUCCAGCACAUGAAGACACAGGCCAAGCCCGGAGGGUCGGCGUCCGGGCCGGGGACCCCGGCUCCGCAGUACUGACCCGUCGCCCCCCAGCCUCGCCCCUCCUGUCAGCCCAGGACCCUGCCCGGAGGAGGGGCUGGGGAGGACCCAAGCGCGGGAUUGCACUUUGAACUCAUGGAACCGUGGGGGUCUGGGGGAAGAACCCCAGUUGGGGGAGACUGUGGGUAGACUCCUACCUUCCCUCAGCUUUGGGGGGACAUGGAGGAUUGGGGUGGGGGUUUGGGGAAGACCAAGGGACCGGGAAAAGGCCCCCUACCCACCCUUGAGGGCGGGGAGCGGGGCUGGGCCUCUUUCUUGGGGUCCCCUCUCACCCUGCUACCCCCCCACUUUUUCCCUCUCCUCCCUCUCCUUGGGGUCACAAACCAAAGAAAUCACAAAGGGGUGCAGGUGUGUUUGGGGAGGGUGCUCUUUGUGGUCACUGCCCUGAGAGGUUAUGGGGAACCAAACAUGGUGUCACACGGGGAAGAAAUGAUGUCACAAGCUCCCGGGAAGCAACAUUGUUGUCACUGUGUGUACCCAGCCACGUUCCCCCUCCCUCCACCCCUUCUGACUUCCUUUUUCCUUGGUAUCUGCCACCUUCAUAUUGAAGGCUUUUUUUUUGCUUUUUUAAAAAUGUCUUCUUCUGCCUCUCGCUUGGGUCUCUCCCGGGUCAGGGGGAACACACUCCCCAUGACCCCCUAAUACCGUUGAAACUGGAGGGAUCCGGGCUACCUGGACCCUUCGAAACCCAUCUGCCACAGGCCUGUUCAUCUCCCCCCGACCCCCAGUUGGGGACCACCCCCAGCCAUGGAAACCCCCCCCCCCCCAGCUUUGAUUUUAGGGCUGGGGGGAGAUCCAGGGAGUGAGGACCCCAGCCCAGCCCAGCCCAGCCCUGUGGGUCGGUGGGGGGAAAGGUCCUUAAGUUAUAAAGAAUUUGUUUUUGUAUAAAUAAAA